AUGGAUACCGUGGAAGAAGCAGAAGAGGCGGAGGAGGAGUUGGUGGAAGGGGAGGGGGAGGGGAAGGAUACAUUGGGAGAAGCGGGAGAGGUGGAGGGGGGUUUGGAGGAAGAGGAGGGGAUGGGGGAAGAGGGGGCAGAGGUUAUGGAGGAUGAAGCGGAGGAAGAAGGCGAGGGAGAGAAAGGGAAGAAGGGAGAGGUUGAGGGCGCGGCCCAGCGAGAUGCCAAGGGAGAAGGUGUUGAAGGAAGAGGGGAAGGAAGAGAUGAAGGGAGAGAUGAAGGGAGAGAUGAAGGGGGAGAUGAAGGGAGAGAUGAAGGGGGAGAUGAAGGGAGAGAUGAAGGGGGAGAUGAAGGGGGAGAUGAAGGGGGAGAUGAAGGGAGAGAUGAAGGGGGAGAUGAAGGGAGAGAUGAAGGGGGAGAUGCGAAUGGAGAGGGCCAGGAUGCAGAAAUGUAUUCAAAGGUGGGAGGUCUAAUAGAGGAGGGUUCCAAGAAGGUAGGUGUAGAUGAGCAAAGUUCAAACGAGGAGGGUUCAAAGGAGGCGGAGGAGAAGGAGAAGGAAGAGGGGAAAGAGGGGGAGAAGGAGGAUAAAGAGGGGCAAAAACGGGAGAAGGAGGAGAAAGAAGGGGGAAAGGAGGAGACGGAAAGCAUAAAGGAUGCUGCGAUGGCGGCACUUCUAGGGUUCGUAGAGGACACGUUCUGGGUGAAGGGAAACGCCCUUAGCAUGCGAGGGAGAAGCUGGCUGGGUGGGACAGAGAAGGGCGAGAGUGUAGGAGGAAGGGAGAAGAAAGAACGAAAGGAAGGGGGAAAGGAGGAGGAGGUGGGAGAGAAGGGAAAGGAGGAGGGGGGCGACAGCGGGAAGGGUUCGCCUGCAGAGUAUGCAGCAGGGAGGUUGGCGAUGCUGCUGGGUCUGGACUCGUUGGGGUCGUUUGAGGAGGAAAGGCAGGCUCUGGCUCUCGAGGCUCGACGGGCGGAGGAGGCAGGGGAUGAGCAGCGGGCGAGCAUGGUGGAACAGUCGACUCAAAAGGCGAGAGUAUGGCAUGGAUGGGUGGAGCAACUUUUGAGGCGCCUUAAAAGAGAGUAUGGCAUGGAUGGUGAUGGUGGAGCUGGUGAGAAGAGGGUGAGGGGGUCGUUUGAGGAGGAGAGUGAGGCUUUGGCGCUUGGGACACGUCGGGCGGAGGAGGCAGGGGAUGAGCAGCGGGCGAGCAAGCAUGGUGGCGCAGGUGUGAUGUGGACAAACCUCACCAUUCUCCUGCGGGCCAUGCAGCAGCAGCUCACCAUUCUCCUGCGGGCCAUGCAGCAGCAGGUGGGGCAGCUGAAAGCAGGAGAAGGGCAGGGCCAGGGCGAGGCAGGGGGGAAGGGAGAGGGAAAGGCAGAGGGAGGCGGUGUAGCUGCAGCCGAUAAGGAAAUGAAAGGCGAGGGCAGGAGUUUAACUGCAAGGGAUCAGGAUGGGAGGGCAAGUGCGGGGAGAAUAAGGGAGGAACCAGCAUCAUCGUUAUUAUCGCCAUCAGCAGCAGCAGUGGCAGCAGCAGCGAGGGCCUUUAUCACUCCAGAAUACCUUGCUGCUGUGAGGGGUCAGAGGAGAGGGGGCAAGGAUGGGAUGUCGCUCACGCAUGUAUCGCCCAGGGACCAACUCAAAUCGCCCAGAGAUGUUAAACCGCCUAGAGACCUCAAAUUGCCCAGAGAUCAUAAAUCGCCCAGAGAUCAUAAAUCGCCCAGAGAUCAUAAAUCGCCUACUACAGAUAUUAUAUCCCCAAGAGACCCAAAAGAUCGAAACUCGCUUGCGGAUGCAGCCACUCUCACCGCCCCUCUCUCUGCUCCUCUCUCCACUCCUCUCACGGCCCAUCCAUUCACUGAGCGCCGUUCAUCCCACCGCUUCGUCCCACCCCCACCGCUGCAAAUCAGCAACUCGUUAGACCCCCUCUCAGGUCUCCCCAUCCUUGAUGAACCCCUGCCAGAUCUCACCGUUCUCGACCCCUUUCAACCCCUCUCCUCCCUUGACCCCCUCGCCUUUACCAGUGCCCAGCCAAGCCCCCCCAUCUCCCCAUGGGCUGUCCCUCCUUCGCCCUGGGAUCCCACUGCUAUGGUCAACGCCAGCCUCUUUAGCCCUGUGGGCAUGGCCUGUGGUGCUGCAGAAAUCCAUAAUGCUGCAGAAAGGGCUGAUGCUGCAGCAGCGGUUAACGCUCAUCCCUCCGUCUUUCACUCUACUCCUUCCGCACUAGUUGCUGCACCAGGUGAUCUGAUGUUUCCUGGCCUGCUGACGGAUAUUGCAGAUGCUUCUGCUGCUGGUAGUGCUGGUGCUCUAUUUGACCACUUAUCCUCACAGCCCGGCUCGUCCCCGCUGUCAGCAGACCCGUUAGUAGUGCCAUUUUCAUCCGUCCCUGUAGCUGAACCUCUUGCUCCUGCCUCCUCCCGCCGACGAACAAAGGAGAGGCGUGAGCAAAAGCAUCACCAGCAACAGCAACCCCACGUGUCCUCCCAACCACUCCACCCCUUUGCCACCCUCCCUCUUUCCAUCCAGUCUCUCAUCUCUCCCUCCGAAGCAGGAGCUACUGGUGGGGCAGGUGAUAUUGGAGGAGGUGCUAUUGGUGGGGCAGGUGUUACUGGUGGCAGCAAUAGACGCAGCAAGAACAAUUCUUAUGGUGACGAAGGGGAGGGCAGAAGGAGAAGCACAGGGGACACGGCGAGGAGAGAUAGAGAGGGAGCUACCAAUCCGCGUCCCCCGCCAGAUGCUGCCAAGUUUUUGCCGCCCAUGAGGCGGCUUCUAGCCGACGCGGACCAGGAGAAGGGCGGCAACCCGAGCUUCCAGCGGUGGGCCUUGACUGGCUUGGGCGAGCCCGAAGAGAUUAGAGACAUGGGGAUGGGCAGAGGCGCAGGGGAGAUUAAAGACGUAGGAGAGGUGGGAAUGAUACGGCUCAUGGAUCAUGCUCGUCAGGCUCGGGAGGCUUGUGAAGUUCGGGAGACUCGGGAGGCUCGUGAAGCUGUGGAAGGCUCGGGAUGGGAUGCUGGAAGUGAGAGCAGUGGGAUUCAUGGGAUGGUGGGGAGGAGGAGGAGGGAGAGUAGUGGGACUGGUGGUGGGGUAGGGAGAAGAGAGGGUGGUCUAGGAAGUGCAGUGCAUGGUGGCACAGCAGGAAGGGCGAAUGGCAGGGAGGGCGAGGACGCCUGGUAUGGCAUAGCAGGGAGGGGAAGGAGGUCGCCUCGCGCCCCUAGUGGUGCAACCAGGUUCGGUGCUGGUGGUGGUGGUGGUGGUGCUGCUGCAGCUGGUGGUAAGGAGGGUAAAAGCAGUGGCGUGCUCAUUGGUUCUAGUCAGGGGGUCGUCCUUAGUGACAGCAGUGGCAGCAACGCUAGCAGCAGCACUGGCAGCAGCGGUGGAUUCCAGAUUGGAAGUAGCAGUGGUGCUGGGACUAGCAGUAGCAGGAGUGGGUUCCAGGCGGACGGCUUGAGUGAGCAGCUAGCGCUGAUCAACGCACAGCUGGAGCAGGUGUAUCUGGAGGAGGCUUAUCUGCAGCAGGCGCAAUCAGGGGGAGGGGCGGAGUAUGUGAUGUCCAUUGACCCGAGGGCACCGGCUCAGGUGGUGCUGAGGGUGCUGCAGGGGACGAGAGAGGAGCAGGGGAAGGCGGCUGGGGUGAUUGGGUGGUUCUGCGCGUCCUCUGCUGCUAACAGGGCGGCUUUUAGAGAGGCAGGUGCUGUAGAGGCGCUGCUGCAGCUGGCUGCUGCUGAUGGUGGAGAUGGCAGACUUGGCAGUCCACGUGGCAGUCCACGAGGCAGUCCACAUGGCAGUCCACGUGGCAGUCCACGUGGUGGUUCGCAUGCUGCCAUGGAUGCGCUCCUGAGGCUGUCAGCUGAUGUGGAGAGCCAGGAGCGGCUGCUGCUCCACCUUCCUCUGCUUGUUCAGGUGAGCUUCGGCCGGAACAGUUCUUCCUCCUCCCCAGCAGCACAGGCCAGGCUCAGCAUCAUCUGCCAGCAGCGUUCCUCCUUCCCAACUGCCGAGGCCAGAGUCAGCAGCAUCAUCCGCGCCACAGCCUCGCUCUCCCCAUCUCACCCGCACCCUAUCUAUCCCCCUUUUCUCGCCUCCGUUUCUGCCCGCCUCCCACACACUUCCUUUCCCACGUGUUUCAAGCGCUCUUCUUCCUCUCCAGCAGCGCAGAUCAAACUCAGCAGCAUCGUCAGCAAUACAGCCUCGCUCUCUCCGCACGCCCGAUCUCAGCUCGUGCAAGCAGGGGCGCUCAAACCGCUCCUCAAACAGCUCGCGAAAGGGGCGAGCAGAUGGGCCACGGACAAGGAGAAAGGCCUGAGCGGAGAGAAAGCAGGAGAGGGAGAGACGACAGGCUCGGGAAGUGCCUCCCUUGAUUCUGCUGAUUGGGGUACCACUCUCCCUCUCUGCUCCACGAUCGCUGCACUAGCAGCGUUCUCCCAGGACAGUACUGCAGCAGAAGCGGCUAAAGCGAGGGAGAGCAUAGGAGAGGCGAUUCCAAGCCUGGUGCAUGUGCUGACAGCCUUUGCCUCCUAUGCCUCGAAUGCUGCUUCAUUGUCAAACGGGGGUGGAGAGGAGGGGAGGCGGAGUGAGGAGGCGGUGAGGGUGGUGCUGCAGGCGCUGGUGGUGAUGGCGGGGUGUGGUGGGGAGCACAGACGGAGCAUGAGGGGCUGCGGAGCUGUGUGUGCUCUGCGGGAGGUGGUGCGCUUUGCUCCGACAGACGUGCAGGGGAUGGCUAUGGACCUUUUGCGGGCAUUCUUCGUAUGA